CCGGACGGCUCUGCUAUGGCGACCCGCAGUCCCAGCGUCGUGAUUAGUGAUGAUGAGCCUGGCUAUGACCUAGAUUUGUUUUGUAUACCUAAUCAUUACGUGGAGGAUUUGGAGAAGGUGUUCAUUCCUCAUGGAGUCAUUAUGGACAGGACCGAGCGGCUUGCUCGAGAUGUGAUGAAAGAGAUGGGCGGCCAUCACAUUGUCGCCCUCUGUGUGCUCAAGGGGGGCUAUAAGUUCUUUGCUGACCUGCUGGAUUAUAUCAAGGCACUGAACAGAAAUAGUGAUGGAUCCAUUCCUAUGACUGUAGAUUUCAUCAGACUGAAGAGCUACUGUAAUGACCAGUCAACUGGGGACAUCAAAGUAAUUGGUGGAGAUGAUCUCUCAACUUUGACUGGAAAGAAUGUCCUGAUUGUUGAAGAUAUAAUUGACACUGGAAAAACAAUGCAGACCCUGCUUUCCUUGGUCAGGCAGUAUAAUCCAAAGAUGGUCAAGGUCGCAAGCUUGCUGGUGAAAAGGACUCCUCGAAGUGUUGGCUAUAGACCAGACUUUGUUGGCUUUGAAAUUCCGGACAAGUUUGUUGUAGGAUAUGCCCUUGACUAUAAUGAAUACUUCAGGGAUUUGAAUCACGUGUGUGUCAUUAGUGAAACUGGAAAAGCAAAGUACAAAGCCUAA